GAGAACGCUCCGCCCAGACGGAACCUUGGAUGGAGCAGAUCUUCGUAUCUCACCCAACAGCACGAGAUGCUGAGAUGGAGAAUCUUCUGUACAUUGCGCGCAAACGCGUCGAAGAUACGCUCUCCUACGAUGCUUUGUAUGUUGCCUCCUUGUCUCCCAAGACUAUUGUGUACAAGGCGUGGCAGCUUUACUGA